AAAAAACGAAUUACACAUUCUCAAAAAUGGAUAUGACCCUCUUAGUCCACUCCAUAAUUCAAAGAAUCGUCCUCACAUGCCUAAUCUUCUCUGAUAAGAGAGAGAGAGAGAGAGAGAGAGAGAGAGAGAGAGAGAGAGAGAACACCUUGAUCACCACUAACUCUGUAUCAUCAUCAGCUUAAUCCCCUCUUAGAACAGUCAAACUUAGACUGAUUAAGAGACUCACAUAUUCCCAAAACCUACAUCUCCCCUCCCGAAUGUUUUCCUCUCACUUUUCUUACUAUUUCCCUCUUAAACCACACUCUUUCAUUCACUACCAAUUCCUCUGCUAGCUUCUUCAACUUUUAAUUCAUUACUUGUAUUUCUGAAGUAAAUUAAUUUGUUACAUAUCGUCAUUUAGAUGUCCAUGGACUACUACAACACAAGAGAAUUACAAGGCAAACAAUCCAAUGAUCCUUAUUUCAUUGACAAAAUGAGCAAGUCCUCUUCAUCCCUGUCGUCUUCGUCCUUGUCAGCAUCAUCACCAUCACCAUCGCCAUCAUCUAGAGAUUCUAGACUCGUAGUGUGUGCUCCAGGGCCGGUCAUCGUAGGUGCAGGUCCAUCAGGGCUUGCAGCAGCCGCAUGUCUGAAGUUAAAAGGUGUACCAAGUAUGAUCCUGGAGAGAUCCAAUUGCAUAGCCUCCUUAUGGAAGCUUAAGACCUACAACCGCCUUCGCCUUCACUUGCCGAAGCAAUUUUGUGAGCUACCCUUCAUGCCUUUCCCUAAUGAUUUCCCAACUUACCCUAUAAAGCAACAAUUCAUUCAAUACCUUGAAGAUUAUGCUACCAAGUAUGACAUUAGGCCACAGUUCAAUGUGACCGUGGCCAGUGCCGAGUUUGAUCCCACGCUCGGGUUUUGGCGUGUGCGGACAACGGGAGUGAAGGGUGAUGAUGAGACGGAGUAUGUGUGCCGGUGGUUGAUUGCCGCCACCGGUGAGAAUGCAGAGGCGCUGGUGCCGAAGCUUGAGGGAAUGACUGAGUUUAAAGGCCCUAUAAGGCAUACAAGUUCGUACAAGAGUGGUGAGGAGUUUAGAGGGAAGAAAGUUUUGGUUGUUGGUUGUGGAAAUUCAGGCAUGGAGGUGUGCUUGGAUCUAUGUAAUCAUAAUGCUAGGCCUUCUCUUGUGGUCAGAGAUACGGUUCAUGUCUUACCAAGAGAGAUGCUUGGAAAGUCAACUUUUGGGCUGUCCGUGUGGUUGCUCAAGUGGUUGCCCAUUCGACUUGUAGAUCGGUUCUUGCUGGUUGUGUCUCGUCUGCUUCUCGGCAACACCUCUCAACUCGGAUUAGACCGGCCGAAAUUGGGUCCCUUGGAGCUCAAGAACUUGUCUGGAAAGACACCUGUCUUAGACGUUGGUACACUGGCAAAGAUUAAAAGUGGAGACAUACAGGUAUGUCCAGCCAUCAAGAGGUUAAAACCUCACGCUAUAGAAUUUAUUGAUGGACGAACCGAGAAAUUUGAUGCCAUUAUAUUAGCAACAGGUUACAGAAGCAAUGUGCCCAUUUGGCUAAAGGAGGGUGAUAUGUUUUCAAAAGAAGAUGGGUUACCUAGAAGGCCAUUUCCAAAUGGUUGGAAAGGUGAACGUGGGUUAUAUGCAGUGGGGUUUACCAAACGUGGACUACUUGGUACCUCAAUGGAUGCCAAAAGAAUUGCUGAAGAUAUUGAACGGUGUUGGAAAGCUGAGGCAAAGCAUUGUACUCCCUUUAACGCCUAACUUUUCCCAUCAUCAUCAUCAUCAUCAUCAUCACACUGUGACGAUUUUGAUUUGAUGAGCUAAUAACAUCGAGAAUGCAGCUGGGAGACAAAGCAAGAGAGAGAGAGAGAGAGAUUUCGGUUGGCCAGGAAACAUUUUACCCAAGGAUCACCUCUUGGACUGUUUUUGGUGGUUGGUGCCAUGUGCAAAAAAAGAAAGUAGUGAUUUCUGCUCACUCCCUCUUAAUUCCAGUCCUUGAUUUUGUUUGCUUUGUUCAAUCCAAUGACUAAAAAUAAGAGAAGUAUGCAUGAAGUGAAAACGGUGCGCAGAAAUCAUUUCCGUAAAAAAAAAAUGUUAGUACCAAGAAAAGGUUGAAAGGGAGAGAAUUAGGUCCAUGAUUCCUUUAUUUUUGAAAUUGAAAAGAAGCUAGCUGCAGAGCAUUGGGAAAGAGGAAUUCUGAGAGAGAAAGAAGCAUGGUGUGUGGUAUUGAUUUUGCAAGGUGGACCUCAUCAGCUUCUAGCAUGUACACUUCUACAUUAUCAUUGUUAUUGAUCUCUAAUUAGGUAUGACUUUUUAUAGAGGCAGAGAGAUCAGUGAUACAGAUUAAGGGGUAGGAUUUGGUAUUAAUUUUCAUCAAUGUAUGCAUAUGAUUGUGGUUUUUUUGCCUGUAUUUCCAAUGGGGUUGGGAUGAGAGAAUUGAGAGAGUAGUAUUAAUAUUGAUGUAGCUAGGGUUUUGUGUGUGUGGUUAUUCUUUCUCUUUACCUAGCUAGGGUUUUGUAUUUCUUUCUUCUUUUUGGAUUUAUUUUGGAGGGGUGUAGUGUCUUCAGACAAUUUCAAUGGAAAAUUUGACU